GGAUCGGAGUCUGCGCAUGCGCGGCCUCCGCGGCCAUGGCUGCUGCGGAACGACAACAUGUGGAACAUGAGACUGAGAAGAAUAGCUCAGAAUGUUUCUGAAGAAGAAGUUUCCUUUGAGGUAGAAAUGGAAGGGUAUAAAAGAGAGGGACCCUGCUUCCCCAUUUCAGGUGAUGAUUGCUACUGUGAGAACAAGGAAAGAAAUCUGAGACAGUCUCCCUUAGCUGAUGAGAAAACAGGGGAUUGUGAGCAUCUUGGUUUGGGGGCGCACUUGAGUAUGAACCCAGCCCUCCUAGCAUCCCAGAGAGUUCCUACAACAAACGGCUUUCAUGUUCGUAACUCAGAUAGUAAAACCUUUGAUUGCGACCAAACCUUAUAUAGUUGUCCCCAGAGUUACACAGCUAAGGGAACUGGUGACGGUGAUGCUUGUGAAAAAGCCAUUCAUCCUUCCAUGGAAAUCGCUCAGCUUGUAAGAAACAAAAUGAGAGACAAACCCCAUAAAUAUACAGAAAGUAUUAAACCUUUAAGCCACUUUACUGCUCCCCUUUGUGACAAAAAAAUUAAGAAAAGAAGCAAGACAUUUCACAAAGGUAAGGACUUUGGGGAUGUCUUGUCCCUGAGUUCAUCUCUUAAUGAAAAAAGAAGUCAUUCCACUGAGAAGCCCUAUAAAUGUAAUGAAUGUGGCAAAUGCUUCAAACGGAACUCUUCUCUUGUUUUACACCACCGAACGCAUACUGGUGAGAAGCCUUACACCUGUAAUGAUUGUGGAAAGUCAUUCUCCAAGAACUACAACUUGAUUGUACAUAGAAGGAUUCACACAGGAGAGAAACCGUAUAAAUGCAGUAAAUGUGGGAAAGCUUUUAGUGACGGAUCCGCUCUGACGCAACACCAGAGGAUUCACACAGGUGAGAAGCCUUAUGCUUGUCUAGAAUGUGGGAAAACUUUCAACAGAAACUCAUCCCUGAUUUUGCAUCAAAGAACUCAUACAGGGGAAAAACCGUACAGAUGUAAUGAAUGUGGGAAACCCUUCACGGACAUCUCUCACCUUACUGUGCAUCUCAGAAUCCACACCGGUGAGAAGCCGUAUGAGUGUAGCAGAUGUGGAAAGGCUUUCCGAGACGGCUCCUACCUCACCCAGCAUGAGAGGACACACACCGGCGAGAAGCCUUUUGAAUGUGUGGAGUGUGGGAAAUCCUUCAAUCGCAACUCUCACCUCAUUGUGCAUCAGAAAAUUCAUUCCGAUCCUGGAACAGGAAAUCAGCACCAGACCAGCUGUGGUCUGAGGGCAAACACCCCAAGGAAGAGGUGCCAGCUAUGGAAUUGGAAUGAGGCCACGUGGGGUUUGUAUGAUAUAUGAAUUCUUUUCCCUUGCUCUUUUCUAAAAUCAAUUUCCCCAAAUGAACAAGAAUAAUUGUUGUAAGGAAACAAGUGCUCUAUAGAAGAUGGAUGCUUCUGACUAAAGAGUGUUAGGUCUGAAUGACUGGGGAAUAGGACAGAGAGGGGACUAUCCUGGGCUAUCAAGAUGAGUCCCAGUUAAUCACACAGACCCUUGAUAGACAGACAAAGUUGCCUGGAAUCAGAUGCAGAAGGUAGAGUACUCCAAUGAAUGGACAUUUGAUUUGCUUUUCCUGUCUUUUUGUGAGCAUUUUAUUUACCCGUUCCUGGUUUUAAGGCUGGAGCGUCCACAUUGUGAAUGGCUUCUGAAAGCCGGAGAGGCAAGAAAAUGGAUUCUCUCCAAUGUCUCCCCAGAACGAAGUAUUCUUAUUCUUAUUAGGCCAGUGUAAGUGAAUCAAUUCCAGUCUUAAAUGUAGAGAACUAACAUGUGGUUUUAAGCCACAGAUUUUGUGAAAAUUUGUUGUGUUAUCUAUAGGUGAUACCCUUCAAUAGUUCUUUUAGACUCCUGACCGAAGUAUUUUGUGUGUGUUCUCUUACCCAGCAAGUCAGUAAACCAACCCUUUCCAUUCCAUGCCCAUGAAAAAAUUAAAAAGGAGAACAAAUUUUGUUGACUCUGGAUUCUGUCCUUUCACCAUUUUAAUAACCUUGAAUUUUAGUACUAGGUUAGAGAAUUAAACUCUAUGAAUGUAUCUGGGUGUGAUGGCACAUACCUUUUAUCCCAGCACUUGGGAAGCAGAGGCAUGCAGACGUCUUGUGAAUUAGAGGUCAGCCCUGUAUACCUAAUGAGUUCCAGGACGGUCAAGUCUACAUAGUGAGACCCUGACUCAAACAGCGACAAACAUCAAUAGUAAAACAAAUCCUGUGAGUGAAUAGUCAUUAGUGAAAAGAAAUCUCCGAAAAGAUAGAGUUGAUUUCCCUUAAGUUUGCUCCCACUCCCUCCCACUUUGGUGGCCAAGAAGGCACAUUUCAGCAUCUUAAAGCAUGUCUAGAGUCCAGGAAUGUAAUGUCCAGAGCAGGGUUUUACAUCCAACUUGGAGAUUGUGGGAACCUUUAUAAUUAUGGCCACCAUCUUAAUAGUUUCUAUUAAUCCACAUCCUUUAGAUGCUAACGUUAUCAGUGCUCAAGUAUGGCUGCAGAUUGCUCAUUAGACUGGUCCAACUUCUUGUCUCUCUUAGUCAACUGUGUAGAGUCCCUGCAUUUUGCUCUGAGAGUUGGUACUAUAGCAGAAAGUUGAACAAGGUAUCUACAGAGGAGAAAAACAGGUACACGUUGUGUAUCAGAUGGUGGUUGAUGCCUGGGAGAAAAAUAAAGCUGAGAGGGGGAUGGGAUGUGUGUGUUGGAUAGAAGUGAUUACAGUUUUAAAAAAAGAUCGGGGAAGUCCUCACCAAGAUGAUUCAUAAUGACCUAUGAAGGAGCCAGUAGUUACUUAGGGAAGAGUAUUCCUACACAGGCAAGAACAUACUGUAUUUGAGGAACAGUCACGAGACCACUGUGCCUUGAAUGGGAUGAUGUGAGAUGGGGCCAGGGAGGUAACAGAGUCAUUAAUUAAAAUACUGCUGCCAUGUACACACACACACGCACGCACGCACGCACACACACACAAUUGCAAAGUCUUCUAUGGUAAAUUGUACAAUUGUUGAAUGUUGAAGAUACUCUCCCCAAGGAUGUAUUGCAUAUCUCCAACCCUGUGAAUUUAGUCUUGAUCAUUCACUUCCUUUCACAAUGAAAGGCAGUUGCAUGUAUGACGCACAAGGGGUGUGAUGUCAUGUGUGACAUGCGAAGGGUGUGAUGUCAUGUGUGACAUGCGAGGGGUAUGAUGUCAUGUGUGACAUGCGAGGGGUAUGAUGUCAUGUGUGACAUGCGAGGGGUAUGAUGUCAUGUGUGACAUGGGAGGGGUGUGAUGUCAUGUGUGACAUGCGAAGGGUGUGAUGUCAUGUGUGACAUGCGAAGGGUAUGAUGUCAUGUGUGACAUGCGAGGGGUGUGAUGUCAUGUGUGACAUGCGAGGGGUAUGAUGUCAUGUGUGACAUGCGAGGGGUGUGAUGUCAUGUGUGACAUGCAAGGGUGUGAUGUCAUGUGUGACAUGCGAGGGUGUGAUGUCAUGUGUGACAUGCGAGGGGUGUGAUGUCAUGUGUGACAUGCGAGGGGUGUGAUGUCAUGUGUGACAUGCGAGGGGUGUGAUGUCAUGUGUGACAUGCGAGGGGUGUGAUGUCAUGUGUGACAUGCGAGGGGUGUGAUGUCAUGUGUGACAUGCAAGGGUGUGAUGUCAUGUGUGACAUGCAAGGGUGUGAUGUCAUGUGUGACAUGCUAGGGUGUGAUGUCAUGUGUGACAUGCGAGGGUGUGAUGUCAUGUGUGACAUGCAAGGGUGUGAUGUCAUGCAGCAGAAGGCUAGGAUUUAGGAAGGAGCAACCUUCCCUCAUGUCAGUUACAGGGAGGAGCAAUUAAGCCACAGACGGGAUUUCUUCAUGAGCGGUAGUUAAUGAAGUGGUUUUCUUGCAGAAACAGGUGUAGAGAACAAGACUUUGGUUUCACAGGAAAACAGCUAUGGCUCUGAAAAGAUAAAUCGUUUCAGAAUAUGAACCAUGAAGUAUGAGCAGAAAAUAACUCAUAUAUAAGGAUAUGUAUCUAGCCUUGAUAACCACAGGCACUCAGCAUUAGUGGUCAUUUCUGAGAAACUAACAUUCAAGCUUUAAAAAUGAAGUGUCCCAUUCAGUGGCUCUUAGUAUUCUCUCAUAAGGCUGUUCAGUCACUUCCACUCUGUAAUCCCAGGACAUUUUCAUUACCCAGGGGAAAGACCUGUGUAACUGUUAGCAUUCUUCUAUUCCUUUGAGACCCUGGCAACAACUAAUCUAUUUUCAGUGUGUAUUUGGAAUUCUAAAAAAAUUAACAUUCGUAGAAAAAUAAAACAUGCGGCCCAUGGUCACUAUUUCAUUUCAUUUAGCACGUGUUUUCAAAGUUCAUGUUGUACUGGGAUCCUUUUUGUGGCUGAAAAACAUUUUACCGUAUGAUUAAAACCAUAUUUUGCAUAGUGAUUGAUAGACAUUUCAGGUUUCACUGUUGAGAAUAAUGUUGUUUUGAACACAUAUACAAACUCAUGUGCCAAAGUAUUUUUAGUACUCUUAGGUAGAUGCUUAGGAGUGGAAUUGCUGGGUCUUUGCUUUUUGAGGAACUGAUGUCCGUAUCACUUGAACCACUUAUGUACCAGUGAUGUAUGACUGCUCUGAUGUCUUCAUGUCCUUACCAAUGUUUAUUAUUGUUUGACCUAGUUGUGUGAAGUGUUAUCUUGUGGUUUGGGGAAAAAGUUUUUAUAUAGUCCAAUUGGAUACCUUAUCCCACAGGUCAGCAUUUUCUUUCCUGCAAGCGAAGGAUAGCAUCUUAAACUUUGUACCAAAUCAUUUCUUUUGCAGCUCCUCAGCCACAAAUGAUGUGAUGUGGAAGUAGUUAUUGGUGCUUUGUAAGCAAAAGAGUGUGGAUGUGUUCAAUAAAGUUUUAUUUAUGGACUCUGA